AUGGACAAAAUUCUUUCCUUCAUUUCCAUUGGAAUUUAUGUGUUCCUCAUUUUCUGCAGAACCUCAACUGCAGCUGACACCUUGAUUUUCAAACAUGGCAGCUUUCAAUUGGGUUUCUUAAACACUGGGGUUUACAGGCGUCAAUUAGCAUCAACUUCAGGUGAUUACUGUGACAACGAUGGCCUUUGUGGCGACAAUGGAAUGUGUGACAUUAGUAAUUCACAAGUCUGCAGUUGUUUAAAAGGGUUCAAGCCCAAAAGACCAGACAAAUGGAACUUGGGAGAAUAUACAGAAGGUUGUGUGCGGCCUGAACUUUUGAAAUGCCAAAUUAAAGUUGGGUUUAUGAAAUAUGCUGCAGUGAAAUUGCCAGAUAUCACAAAUUCUUGGGUUAAUCAAAGUAUGAGCCUCAUGGAAUGCAGAGCAAGUUGCUUGAGCAACUGUUCUUGUAUGGCUUACUCAAGCUCCGGUAUCAAAGGAGAAGGCAGUGGCUGCACCAUCUGGUUUGGUGAUCUUAUCAACAUUAGAAAGCUUUUGGCUGGUGGGCAGGAUCUGUAUAUUCGAAUGCCUGCUUCGGAACUGAACGCGAAUUGCCGAAAGACAAAGAUCGCAGUGAUAGUUGUAUCCAUUGCUUCCAUUGUUUCUGGGAUGCUCUUAGCUGUUUGUUGCAUUUGCCGUAAGAGUUCAAAGUUCAAAGAGAAAAUGGGGAAGCAUGGAACAAUGAGUCAGAACUAUGAAGGACAGAAAGAAGACCUGGAGGUACCAUUAUUUAGUCUGUCCACAAUAGCCACUGCUACUGACAACUUUUCAUUCAACAAGAAGCUUGGAGAAGGUGGUUUUGGACCAGUAUACAAGGGUAGACUAGUAGAUGGGCAAGAAAUUGCGGUGAAGAGGCUCUCACAAAGUUCAGGGCAAGGAUCAAACGAGUUCAAAACCGAAGUACGACUAAUAGCCAAACUUCAGCACCGAAAUCUCGUGAGGCUUCUAGGUUGUUGCAUUGAGCGUGAAGAGAAGUUGCUGAUUUAUGAGCACAUGCCCAACAAAAGCUUGGACUUCUACAUUUUUGAUCAAACUCAAGGUAGACUGUUGUAUUGGUCAAAACGCUUCCACAUUAUCUGUGGGAUUGCCAGGGGUCUUCUCUAUCUGCAUCAUGAUUCAAGAUUGAGGAUUAUUCAUAGAGAUCUUAAAGCAAGUAAUGUUUUACUUGACAAGGAGAUGAACCCAAAAAUCUCCGACUUCGGCUUAGCUAAAACUUUUGGAGGAGAUCAGAAUGAAGGAGUUACAAGAAAUGUUGUUGGAACCUAUGGUUAUAUGGCACCGGAAUACGCCAUUGAUGGCCAAUUCUCUGUAAAAUCAGACGUUUUUAGCUUUGGCAUUUUGUUGUUGGAGAUAAUAAGUGGGAAGAGAAGUAGAGGAUUUUAUGAUCCGGAUGAACACCUUAACCUCAUUGGAUAUGCAUGGAGAUUGUGGAAAGGAGGGAGGUCUCUAGAGUUGAUUGAUGAAAGCUUAAGCGACUCAUGCGCUCUAUCAGAAGUCUUGCACUGCAUACACAUUAGUCUUUUAUGUGUGCAACAGCUUCCUGAAGACAGGCCAACCAUGUCAUCUGUGAUUCUGAUGUUAGGUGAUGGGGGCGCCUUGCCUCAACCCAAGAGGCCAGGUUUCUUUGGUGGAAGAUAUUCAUCUGAAGCAGAUUCUUCGUCAAUUAAGAACGAAAUAUCUUCACCCUUUGACUCUACAAUAACCGUGCUGGAGGCUCGAUAA